AUGACCGAUAUGAAGGAAAAGGACCUGGAGGGUCUUGAUGGGCAACACACCCCUGCGAGCAACCAUGAUGAUGUGUUUGGUGAGCUUUCAGAGGGUGGCCCUAACUACCGUAACGUGGGAUGGACGGGAACCGCCGUUCUCAUGAUGAAGAGCCAGCUGGGACUGGGAGUUCUUUCUAUUCCGAGUGUAUUCAACACAUUAGGCAUUGUCCCUGGAGUGAUAUGUCUACUGGUCGUUGCGACCAUCACAACGUGGUCCGACUAUAUAGUGGGCAUCUUCAAACUCAACCAUCGCUCAAUUUACAGCAUUGAUGAUGCGGGUGGUUUAAUGUUUGGUCCCAUCGGACGGGAGGUCUUUGGCUUUGUGUUUUGCCUAUAUUGGAUUUUCGUUGCUGGUUCUGGAAUGCUCAGCUUGUCCAUCGCUUUGAAUGCUGUCUCAGACCAUGCAACCUGUACAGCCGCCUAUGUAGCCGUUGCAGCUAUUGCGGGUAUUGCAUUUGCCAGUAUUCGGACCCUUGGGCGCAUCAGUUGGCUUGCGUGGGUCGGUCUGGUGGCUAUUGUUACGGCUGUCCUUAUUGUGACCAUCGCUGUGGGUGUCCAGGGUCGACCGGUAUCUGCCCCCCAAGAAGGCCCCUGGGUAUCUGACUUUAAGAUUGUGGGAGACCCUUCGUUCACCGAAGCUGUUUCGGCUGUAUCUUCGCUCAUUUUUGCCUAUGCUGGAACCCCUGGUUUCUUUGCAAUCGUUUCUGAGAUGCGCGAGCCCCGUUACUACACUCGGUCUUUGCUUAUCUGUCAAGGCACCGUGACUGCUAUCUACGUCGCUAUUGGUUGUGCUGUUUAUUACUUCUGUGGCUCUUAUGUUGCAUCUCCUGCUCUUGGUUCUGCUGGUCCUACUAUGAAAAAGGUCAGCUAUGGGUUUGCCAUUCCAGGACUUUUGGUCACUACGAUGCUCUUCGUUCAUCUACCUGGCAAAUAUAUUUUCGUUCGCGCCUUGCGAGGAUCCAGGCAUCUCACCUCUAACACCAUUGUCCACUGGAGCGCCUGGAUCGGCUGCACCUUCAGCGUUGGUGUUAUCUCCUACAUCAUCGCAAGCGCGAUUCCCGUUUUUGACAGUCUCGUAUCUCUGAUUGGUGCAUUGCUUGGAACUUUCAUGUCUUUCCAGCCUAUGGGAUGUAUGUGGCUAUAUGACAACUGGAGCAAGGGCAAGACAGAGCGAUCUCCACUAUGGAUCGCUCAGGUCUGUUGGAGUGUUUUUGUCAUAUGUAUCGGUACUUUCAUGAUGGUGGCCGGUACAUAUGGAUCAGUUGUUGGCAUCAUCGAAAGUUACAAUGCUUCAGGUGGCUCUGGAGCCUGGUCUUGUGCAGACAACUCGAACUCCUCUUAA